CGCGUGCUGGUUGGCUCGGCGGCGGCGGCUUUGGCAGUGGCAGCAGCCCGGGGCUGCCCCGUGCCGAGACGAGCACUGCACCGCCGUCUCCUUCCCAGCCGCAGUGGCUCCUCUGCUCCAUUCCCUUUGGAAGAGGCGGUCUGCGGCGGCUCCCAUGGCCUGGGUUUGAGCAGCGCGGGCGAGGCUCUUCGGAAGAUGCUCCCGGCCGGGCAGCGGCGGCCAGGCGGCUGGAACCGUUGCAGGAUCAGCGAAAGGUUGCAAGCCGCCCUGGCCGGCCUCCAGGAGCUCCAGGUGCUACGCGAGAGGCAGCGGGCGCUCGUGAGCGGGGCCCUGGCCGUGCAGCCAUCGGCAGAGGGCAGCCAGGCGCGGAGCAAAGAGCAGCGGCUGGAAACCACCUUGGCUGCCUUGAAGGAGCAACUGUCACGUCUGAGAAGACAAGAUGUUGGACUGAAAAGCCACUUGGAUCAGCUGGACCAACAAAUUAGCGAACUAAAGUUGGAUGUUGGCAAGACCUCCAUUGACUACCUUGACAGUGACAGCAGACCCAGCUCAGGUUUCUAUGAAUUGAGUGAUGGUGGCUCCUGCUCUUUAUCGAACUCCUGUACAUCUGUCUUCAGUGAAUCCAAUUCCUCUUCUCAUGCCAGUCUGCUGCCCAGUUCUCAGCACCUCAAAAGCUGUAUCAGCAUCUUUGAUUACCGUCCCAAAUCUGCAGAUGAAACCACAGUGCACAACCAGUUCGAGAGGCAAGGAACCUAUUCUACUGAUGGAUGCCAAAUCAAGGCAUGCCCAGAUAUUUCAGGGACUCCUACCAGGUUCAGACAAAGACCUGUUUCCACAGGUGACCUUGAAAGACUGACAGCAGAUGCUGGAUUCCCCAGAGUGAUUGACCCCAAGUCCCUGUUGCUUUGUCCAGAAGGAGCAAUCCGCAACUAUUGUGUGGACCCCAAAUACCAAAGUGACUUGGUCUCCAAGAGUGGGAAUGAUGUGUACCCUUAUCCCAGCCCACUUCAUGCUGUAGCUUUACAGAGUCCACUUUUUUCUCUGGCAGAACCACCACCAGAAACAAAAACCCAUCCUUUCCCUAACAGUGUGGCGCCUAAUGCAGUUGGACCCAGUUUGAUUAGGAGUCGGCCAGUCAAGGAGCCCAGGCCAGGGAGUUAUAUCAACAAACUGCUCCAGCUGACUCACUACAGGGGAAACAAUCACGUUGAUGCUGGUGAGAGGGGUUCAACAAAGAACCAGCCAUCUACAAUGCACCAGAGACUCAUUAUAAUCCCUAGUGCUGGUGGAGUGAAAAUUAACCGGAGUGGCAGCCAGCUGGAACAACAAGGGGGCUCACUACAUCAUAACAAAGCUGAAGAGAAGCUGCAAAGGGCAAUGCCUGAGGGGGAAUGUGGUGAACAGCAGGGGAUUGUACACUGUGUGAAUAUAGAGCAGACAGCUACCAUGCUUCAAGCGGAGUCAUCAUCGGCUGUGAAAAGCUGCUUUCCUGCCAAUUUGUCUAUAAGAGACUCUCUUCUGACAGAGGCAGGAGAAAGCAGCUUGGAGAACAGCUCUUCUAGUUUGCAGCUAGCAACUGAUGAUUCUAGCCUGAGCCCCCCCAAUACAAGUGUUGCCCCAGCCAAGAAAUCUCACAAGAAAUCUACCAGCCUUAGUGCUCUGAAGGUAGGAGGUCAUGAAUUAUUACCUCAGGGGGAAUUUGUUCAUGCUAAGUUUGUCCCUGCAGAAUCCCAGCAAGUCAGAGUGAGGUUUGCUAAUUCUAAAUUGAAACCUGUGAAGGCAAAGCGAAGAAACAGCGAGAAGGUGUUGAGGUCUGGGAAGCAGAUCUUUCAUGCAGAAAAGACAAGGGGUGUUCACCAUGUUGCCACCAGACUGCCUAUUGAGUGGAAUCUCCCUCAGAGGCAGCACAGAGGAAAGAACCUUGUUAGGAGGCCUAGUUUUGCUGGGGAAGCUACUGGAAGGUCUUGCUCGGAAUCCAGUCUAUAUCACGUGCCAUUUAGAGUGCCUCAGGUACCCACUGGACCUGAAUUAUACCAAGCAUCUUCUAAUUCCAUGUAUUCUUUUGAAGCAGCUUACAUAGACACAGCUGCCAAGAGAAAACAACGCAAAUGGCAGUCCACAGUGGAAAUCUCAGCAAAGACCCAAACUGCCACUCUUUCUAGUGGCUUUGCCUUGGUCCCACCAAGACUCCAGACAAAGAGAGUUGGGCUCUUGCGUGCUGUAAGCAUGAGGUCUCGCUCAAAGCAGCACUGCCCAUUUCGUCCUGGAACUUAUGCUAAAAGCGAAUCCGACCAUUCUGAAUACUCUGCAGAAUGUGCUUCACUCUUUCACUCCACCAUUGCUGAGACAAGUGAAGGAGAGGUCAGUGAUUAUACUGCUAAUCGUUUUGGAGAUAGUGAGUCCAGUGAAAGCAGUUCAGAAGGCAGCAGUAACUGUAGUAGCCUGACCCUUGACUAUGAUGAUGAAGAUGAGGAGCAUGAGUUGGUUUGGCCCAAUCCUUCUGUCAGGCAAUCAUCAGUUGUUCAAACCUCUUCCAGGCCUCUUCCACCAAUGCCCAAACUCUGUCGCAUCAAAGCUUCAAAGGCCCUCAAGAAGAAGAUUAGGAGAUUCCAACCCGCCUCCCUGAAAGUGAUGACCAUGGUUUGAGGAAGAGAAAACAUCUGUUUUAUUAGCUGGCUUUGCCUUCCUUUGCAAAACAAAGGAUACAUACUUAAAGACUUUGUUAAACUUAAUGUGAUUAAACCCUUAGAUUUCAAGGCAGGAUACCUUUUCUUUUGCUAAUGCCUGUAUAAAGGAUCCUAGUGCUCAUUUCUUCUUUCUGUUUUGUAAAUCCGUUUGUGUGUGUUUGGUGUGGCAUUACAUUCUGAUAAAAUCAAAGUAUGUAGCUGAAGUGGCCUGCUUAACCAGGUCCUGUCUGAUACACAUGUGGGGAAGAUAUGUAACCUUCCGUUAGGGAAGAUUUUACAAAAUGUGCGGGAGGGAAGGAUUUAUCUACUGAAGGUGGGGCUGCAGCCAUUUUUCUGGAAGCUCCCAUCAGAGUCAGAUUGAGAAUUACUCAAUACAUGUCACAGCUCACUUAAGAAAUCAGUUACUCUCUGCUGCUGAUCCAUUUUAAUAUUGCUUACCCAGUAAAAAUCACUCCCUAGUUCCAUCAUAGCCAUAUCCUGCCAGAUAACUGAUUUCUUUGAGAUAUGAUGUUUAUAUUUGAAGCUGAGAGUCAGAAAAUACUUUCAACUCAAAGGAAGAUGCUGAUACUAUUUUCCACUUAAAUUCAAGAGGCUAAAUAAGAUUCAACCCUGACAGUAACAAAUGUAAUGUUUUAUAUUAAAGGUGGAGUACAUUUUUUGAAGAAGGAAAACUACAGACACUGCGAGAAUAUAGUAGCUCCAUAUCACUGAUUAAUGCAGGCUCAAUAAAUGUUGUUAUGAUUUACUGUUGUAAACAGC